AUGAGUCUUUACGAAAGUUAUAGCUCCAACAUUACUCUUUCAGCAAUUGGAGAGUCUUUAGACACAGUAUCUACAUUUUCGUUUCCCGAUUUGCCCUUGAAUGAGGCUCUGGUGGUUAUAUUAUUUCUGAAGGUGAUUCAUAUCAUUGAUGAUUGUCCUUACUCAAGCACCCACGAGCUACUACUGGCACAACGAAAACUAUGUGAGAGUUUGACUUUGUUAUCUAGUUUUAUUGCAGCAGAACCCGAGGCUAAAGAAAGUUUUACUGCGUUUAUGGAUAAUAAUAGAUUGGAUUAUAUCAUGAACAAGGUAGUGUUUGAUAGUUUUUUGAAUGGAGGAGUGGUAUACACUACAUAUAGAACCUUUCGCCCCGCCCAUCAGCUUAUUGCCAUAUUGUUUCUGAUUUCGGAAUCGUGUCAGAUCACUUUCAAACGUGAACUCUUUCUUGAAUCAAUUACAAAGAUGAUAUUUAUGAGAGCAAGAUGUUUGGCUGCAAAUAGGUUCGAAACCAAAAGUGUUGUGGGGAACUUGAUUGAGGAUGUUUUGAGCAAGCUAGCUCCAGAUCCAGAUAUUGCUCAACUUUUGAAGGAAAGGUUACGUGAGUGCAACUCACCAACGGAAGCCAUGUUUCUCAUGUCCGAUAUCGCUGCGUAUACCACCAACUUGGACACAGAAGCAAACAUUCUUCCUGAAGACCUUGCUCAUUUAAGAAAAACGUUUGAAGAAAUGCUUAUGCUUAUGUUGACCAAAGGUUACAACGAGCUUGAUAGCGGCAGUUACAGAGAGAUACGUGACCGUUACAAUUCGUUUUUUCACCACAUUAAUUUAAACACUGGUGAAUACCAACCUGCUUCGAUGCAGCAAAAUUCCGAUUUAUAUCACUAUGAAUUAUCAAAUGGCAACAAGACAAAUGUCUCUGACCCGCAUGAUCAACAAGCGAGCCACCCCAAUACUUGGAUUCCAAGCUUCUUAGAAGACAACUACUACAAUGAAAACACAAACACCGUAAACCGUAUUGUGUUGGAAAAACCUACUCGAAACCCAUUCAAAAUGUUAUUUCGAAGACGAAUUCUUACAGAAAAGAGACAACGGUGGCAACUAUUCCACCGUAAACAACAACAAGAAGUCUCGUAA